AUGGGUCAAAACGGUUCCUCUGUCAGCGAAAAGAGGCGGAGCAAGACAAGGAUUAACGCACCGCCAGAAUUUGGGGGAGCCACGAAUUCUGGGCCUGGUAGACGCUCGACCUUGAGCGGUGCGCCCACACGACGGCAUUCGACCUUCGGCAGUGGUUCACCCCAAACACCGUCCCCACAUCGUAGAGCAGCUUCUUCGGCCUCGCACACGAUUCAAGCAGCACAUCGUGCGAACAAUAUAGCUUCUCAGCGCAACUCUCCAAUGCCUCUUGGCCAUAACAUAGCCUCCCAGCCACCUGCUUACUCUUCUAACGGCAGUGCGGAGAACGCAUUGGAACUUCUCAAGUUGAGUUUUAUUGAGUUGCUAAAAGAGUACGAUACUGUGUUUUUGAUCGACGAUUCAGGGUCUAUGGCUGGCGGCCUCUGGACUCAGGCAGGGCGUGCCUUGGCCGGCGUUGCAACUGUCGCAUCCCAAUACGAUGAUGAUGGCAUUGACAUUUACUUCUUGAACUCCAGGGAAUUCGCUCAGAAUGUUCGGCACGAAUCCCAAGUCUACCAGUUAUUUCAGCGCGUCCAACCCCGAGGCUCGACCCCGACAGGCGCUCGGCUGGACAUCUUACUUCGGUCGUACCUAACCUCUAUCGAGCGGGCGCAAGAAGAAUUCGACUCGCAGGACCCCGAAAUUACUGGAAUCAAACCUGUCAACUAUAUUGUUAUAACGGACGGCGCGCCUUCGGACGAUCCAGAAAGUGUGAUCGUUGCUGCGGCCAAGCGAUUGGAUAAGGGAGAGUUUCCACUCAGUCAGGUCGGAAUUCAGUUCGUACAAAUUGGAAGCGACCCCGAGGCCACCCAGGCCCUGGAAGAACUGGACGAUGAUCUGGCCGGAAAAUACGACAUUAGGGAUAUUGUGGAUACUACACCGUACACUACAGAGUUGAGCGGGGAGACUUUGAUCAAAAUCUUGUUAGGUGGUGUGAAUAAGAGGGUGGACCGACGAGGUGGAGGUGCUGUGAUGCGGUAG